ACUCGCUGCGCGCGCCUUCGCACACAGAAGCCCCCCCCCCCCUGUACGCGCGCGAGGCGAGCAGUGCCCACAACAAGCACGGGCAGAAGGACACGGACACAUGGAGUAAAAGUGAACUGUCAAACAUAGUUUUAAAAACAAGAUCUAAAGCAGGGAGAUUGAUUUAAAGACGUCCUUCAGGUGGCGUGUCAGAAAGCAGGCAGGUGUAAAAACAGCCCUCAGUAUCAGCUCAUGUGAGGACGGCAGUCACAGCCAGUGGCGUCCCAGACUGAAGACGUGUUGGUGUUACUCAUAUCUGCUGGGAUGGCAGAUGCCGGGGAAAAAAACAAUAGCUGUGGGACAAUAUGCCUCAAAUACCUUCUGUUCGUCUUCAAUCUUCUCUUUUGGUUGGCAGGUGGCGCUGUGAUGGCAGUGGGAAUAUGGACUCUGGUGGAUAAAAGCGACUACAUCAGCCUUCUGUCCUCCAGCACCUACAUGGUCGCUGCCUUCAUCCUGAUUGGCGCGGGUGCCGUCGUCAUGUUCACUGGGAUGCUGGGCUGCUGCGCCACCAUCAGGGAACAAAGAGGACUUCUUAUAGUGUUCUUUGUCCUGUUGUUGUUAAUCUUCCUUCUGGAGAUCACAGCUGGAAUUUUGGCCUACGUCUAUUAUCAGGAGUGUUUUCCUCUCUGCUACCAGCUGAACGCUGAGCUGAGAGCUGAUCUGAAAGAGAGGAUGGUGGAAAAUUACCAGAAGCCUGGACAAGAGCACAUCACUAGAGCCAUUGACAAACUCCAGCAAGACCUGAAGUGUUGCGGCAGUAACAGCUCAGCGGACUGGAGGGACGGGUCCUGGAUACAGACCUUUGCUGACAGACGCCUGGUGCCAGACAGCUGCUGUAAGACCCCCACAGAGCGCUGUGGACUCAGAGACCACCCAUCCAACAUCUACAGAGUGGAGGGUGGUUGUAUAUCCAAACUAGAGGAGUUUAUUCUUCAACAUCUGCUGAUUUUGGGCUCAGUGGGUCUUGGGAUUGCAUUUAUUCAGAUUGUUGGGAUGAUUUUUACCUGCUGCCUGUAUCGAAGUUUGAAAGAGGAAAUAUACUGAGAAAGAAGACACUUGAUUCCCACCAACACCAAAUAAGCCUCCUGCUGUCUGUUACUGUGCUGUUUUAUUGUGCUGUGUGUCAUGAUUAUGUCACAAUAAUGCAAGAUGACAGGUCAAUAUGUCUUGGCUGCAGGACAGUCGUUCUGGAAAGGGAACUUUACAUUGUCUUGUUUUAAGCAAAGAUUAUGGAUGCAAUGUUUGUUAAAAGUUUGAAUUUUGCAGUACAAAUAAAUAAGUGGAAAAAUAA